CUCAGGAACUUUUCUAGGCAACUUUAUCUAAUUUUUUAUCGAUUUGGAUAAUAUUUAGCCAUGCCAUGGGGUUGGGAGUGUAGAGCUAAACUGGUAAAACAAGUUCCAGCGAAGCCAACUAAAUCUCGUCGUCCAGUUUCAUGUGCUCAACAAUGUCCAGGGCCAAAUCACUAUGAAGCUCCAGAAAUAUUUUGUGGUAAAGGAUAUUCACUUAUAAAGCGGGCUCCUGCAUUUACGUUCGGACAUCUCACACCGUUAUCUCAUAGUAAGCCGACAGUUUUAAAAUCUGCGCCUCUGCUGGACACAAGUGGCUUCGGACGAAAAGGUAAUUACAAAAUCAAACAUGGUGUUGUCUCACCUCGACUCGAUCCUCCACAAGAGAAAAUGAAAGGGCCAGGACCUGGGACAUACGAACCUCGUAAUGAGAUAGUGUAUAAACGACCUCCAGCGUAUACCAUGCGUCCUGCAGCGAAUCCGCCCUAUGAACCUUGGGACCAGUGGACUCCAUCGCCAAACAUGUAUUGGCCUCGGAUGCCAGGAAAAAAGAGUUUUCCAGCAUAUACAUUUGGCAGUACAGUAAAAAAACCGAGUUUUCAAAUAAAUCCAAGCCCAGGUGACCAUGAGCCUAAAUUCGAAUAUAUUCAGAAAAGUAAACCAGCAUAUUCAUUUGGAGCACCCUAUAAAGCGUUAAAGCCUGCUAAAGUUCCACCUCCGAACACCUAUUGCGAGAAAAAGUUCAUGUAUCCAAAAAGAACGAUUCCAGCUCCAUCAUUUGGUAUUCGUCAUACACGGUAUCUUGGCAAGCAGCAAGAAUAUCUUAAGCCAUCUAAACUGGACCUUGCCAUUUCCGGAUAAAUUUGAUAAUACUGGUUAAGUUUUUAUUAUUGAAUAAACUCUUGAAUAUGCUAAACCUUUUAGAAUAGUUUAUUAAAGAAGAGAAACAGGCACAUUUCCAUGUCGUUCAUAAAUUGUAUUCUAUUUGA